AUGAAGUUGCACUACAUCGGAAUUAUCAAGAACGAGCAGAAGCCCGGCGUCGAGCUGGUGGCUGAGAAGGAGCUGAGCGCAUACUCGCGGUUCACCAAGAACAACUAUGGCGAGUUCAUGACCAUGUUCGCCAAGACGGUCGCCGAGCGCACGCGGCCGGGCCAGCGACAGGACGUCGAGGAGCAGGACUACACGUUCCACGCGUACGCGCGGUCCGAGGGCGUGUGCGGCAUCAUUAUCUCGGACCACCAGUACCCGGGGUUGGUGGCGCACCAGCUGCUGUCCAAGGUCAUGGACGAGUUCCUGUCGGCGCACCCGCGCUCCGCCUGGGCCCAGGGCCAGACCCAGACCAUGCCCGAGCUCAAGGAGUACCUGACCAAGUACCAGGACCCCCACCAGGCCGACAGCAUCAUGAAGAUCCAGCGCGAGCUCGACGAGACCAAGAUCGUCCUGCACAAGACCAUCGAGAGCGUCCUGCAGCGCGGCGAGAAGAUCGACGACCUCGUCUCCAAGAGCGACGGCCUGAGCCAACAGAGCAAGAUGUUCUACACCCAAGCAAAGAAGCAGAACUCGUGCUGCGUGCUCAUGUAA